GUGAUGCAGCACCCCCCAGAGGGAGGCCAGGUUCUCCCGCUCUGCUCCCAUCAGAAGGAGCUCCAGGGGAAGGUGGCGGAGAUCUGGAUCUUCUCUCUGAGCAGCCAGCCCAUCGACCACGAGGAGGCGGCGCUCAGCGAGGGGCCCAAGAUCAAAUGCUCCGCACCAUGUAAUAGGAGCAGCCGCUAUUCUACAGCAAUGGGGAGCAGUGUGCUGGACUCGGAGCAGGACCCUGCAGAGCCCCCCCCCGAGGUGGAGGAGGAGGAUCUGGAUCUGGACAGCGUGGAGUUUGAGAACCCGAGCGACAGCGGGCCGGAACUGGACGACGACGACAGCGUCCUGAGCACGCCCAAACCCAAACUCAAGCCAUAUUUCGAGGGUGUUUCUCUCUCCAGCUCUCAGACGGAGAUCGGCAGCCUCCACAGCGUCCGAAGCCACCGAGAGCCCCCGAGCCCGAUUGACCCAGAUAAAACAAAGAGUGCCGGGCUCAAAUUUCCAGAUGACACCGUGUCGGAUAUCGUCUCCUUUGAUGAGCCGGAGGCGGUGACCCCCACCACGGAGCUGGAGAUGGACAACAUGGACACGUUUCUGGAGAGACUUCCUCCCAUCGGCAAGAUGACGAAGACAGAGUCUCUAAUAAUCUCCUCAAACAGGCAGGAGCCGAAGUUGGCGGGGCGUCGCGGUCGGAGUACGUCACUGAAGGAGCGCCAGCCGAGCCGACCGCAGAACGAGAGAGCGAACAGUCUGGACAACGAGCGGUCGCUGGACACACGCUGCCACCUGCAGAUCCCCAGGAAGACGGUGUACGAUCAGCUGAAUCACAUCCUGGUCUCUGAUAACCAGCUCCCCGACAGCAUCAUCCUCAUCAACACCUCCGACUGGCAGGGCCAGUAUCUGUCCGACCUGCUGCAGAACCAGCAGCUCCCGGUGGUCUGCACCUGCACCACGGCCGACAUCCAGGCCGCCUUAAACACCAUCGUGUCCCGCAUCCAGAGAUUUUGUAACUGUAACUCUCAGACGCCGAUCCCCAUAAAGAUCGCGGUGGCCGGAGCACAGCACUACCUGAGCGCCGUGCUGAGGCUGUUCGUGGACCAUCUCUCCCACAAGACCCCCGACUGGCUCGGAUACAUGAGGUUCCUCGUCAUACCGCUGGGUGAGGAGCCAAAGCACCACUCUAAUGGUGUAUUAACCU